UUUAAGGAAGCGAGGCAAAGCCGCGCCCGCGAACGCACACAAUCACACAGAGACAACCUCUCACACACCUGCUGUAACUCGUCUCCCUGUUCAGUAAUGACUUCUGUUACUCGGUCGCAUCAGCUGCUCCUGCUCCUGUGUUUCCUACAGACCGUCCUGUCGCAGAUAGACGAAAGAGGCUUCACCGGAACAGAGACCAACAAUGGGGUGUCGGUCAGCUCCCAAGCCAAAGAAGUCCUCAGCAGUAGCCUCACGACCGUCUUCCUCCCGAUCAUCUACAUCAUCGUGUUUGCUGUGGGGCUGCCCACCAACGCCUUGGCGAUCUGGGUCUUCCUCUUCCGCACCAAGGAGAAGCACCCGUCCUCCAUCUACAUGGCCAACCUGGCCCUGGCCGACCUGCUCUUCGUCAUCUGGGUCCCCCUAAAAAUCGCCUACCACUUUAAUGGCAACAACUGGAUCUACGGAGAGGGUCUGUGCAAAGUGCUGGUGGCUUUUUUCUACGCCAACAUGUACUGCUCCAUCGCCUUCAUCGCCUGCAUAAGUGUUCAGCGUUACUGGGCCGUGGUCAACCCGCUGUCCCUGCAUCAGAGGAACAACCGUCUAGCUGUGUGCGUCUCCGUCACAGUGUGGGUGGUGGUCUGGCUUCUCACCAUCCCUCUGUACCUCUACGACCAACAGGUCCUUGUCACCAAUCUCAACAUCUUCACAUGCCAUGACGUCACCAAGCCCAGUCAGAAGGAAAUAGCUGCAGGCUACUUCCUGACAAUGGGCAUAGUGGGGUUUGUGGCUCCCACCGUCGUGUGCAUCAUCUCCUACGUCCUUAUGCUCAAGGCGCUCAGGAACAGCAUGAAGGACGAAAACAUCGCAAAGAAGCGACGGAAGGCCGUGGUCUUGAUCAUCACAGUGUUGGUUAUGUUCUUAGUGUGUUUCACUCCCAGUAACAUAAUGCUGCUGGUGCACUACAUCCUGCUGCUGGGCGGGGCAACCAACAACCUGUACGGAUUCUACAUCACCACCCUGUGCUUGGCGAGCCUCAACAGCUGCUUCGACCCCUUUGUGUACUACUUCAUCUCCGAGGACUUCCGGGACCAUGUGAAGAACACGUUCCUGUGCAGGAGUGAGAGGACGGUGGAGAGGAUGAGGGUCUCCUUCAGCGCUCUGAAGUACUCGAAGAAGAGCAACACGUACACGUCCGACUCACGGAACACGCAGAGCACUGAAUGUUAAUGAACCGAUCUUUUUAGGUUUUAAUAAAAUGUCUUUCUUUAUUUAAAUUUACAGAGAAAUGAUAGGUCUUUGUGGAAGUUCAGGAGAGUCCCUGUGAUGUAAUGACCUCUUCAAAGCAUUGAACUCAUGUUUUUUCUUCAAAUAAAAUUAAAAAAUGUUUAUUUUUAUACUUUUGACAACUUCAGAGUGUGAUGAAUUUUUUUUUAACAGUUUUGUUUGAUUCACUGGGAUUUGAAUGACUUUAUUUUUUAAUUCAUUUUUAUGUGUCUGUCUUUUAGUCUGUGGUGUAUUUUUAUUGAGACAAACUGUUUGAUAUUCAGACCUAAAAUGGCCAAAAAUGUAGUGUUUUGGAGGAUAUAAGAUAUACUCUUUACAUAUGUUUUUAACUCAUAAUUUAAAUGGUAAUAACUUUUGUUUUUUACUUUUCCGUUUGCGUAUAAAAGGACCUGCCCAGCGGAUGUAUCUUCCCCCCAGUCACACCGUUGGUUUUGCUGACAUAUCUGACUGUAUUGUGAGCCAGGCAGUUGUAAAGGUCACUCUGGGUAUUUCUUGUUUUCAAAACAGUCAUAUGCAGCUUUCUGAUGCCUAUAGUAGAAAAGUCAGAAAUGCCUCUUUUACUGUUGUAACUGAUUUCAAAUGUAAAUCUUUUAUUAAAAUGAUAUAAGAGCAGUG